UGCAGCCGCUUGGCGCUUUGAUCUUCAGUUCGAACUGUUUUUGCCAAAAAAUGGUGUCACCCCGGUGCGAAGAGAGAACAAAGGACGUCCCUUGUUUACUGUUCUCGUAUGGUACACAUAAAACCCUCGCGCCAGAGUCCACAAUGCCUUCCACCUUUUUCUCCUUCUCUUUCUUCCAGCCUGGUGCUUUUUCUCCAUGAUGUUCUCCUCCGUUCUUUUCGCUACUUCUUUCUUCCUCUCCUCCCUCAAUGCCUCUGCCCUCCUCGCGAAUGGCCAAGCUGCCCACGUCAACGAUACGUGCUCCACGACGUUGGCGCAAUGUGGGGACAACAGCCAGUGGACGACGUCCCCUUGUUCGGGCUCGGCGCAGUGUUUUGCGCUCCCGUCCGUGAGGGAGAACGGGACUUUCAUACAGUGCACGAGCGAGAUGGACGCCGUAUCCAUCAUCGAUGCCACGGGCACUACUGGGGGCAUCUUUGGCACUGACGCUGACACGUCCGAUUCCACGACCAGCAGUGCCAACUCCACGGAUACCACGUCUGGCACCGACAGCGGGAGCGGGAUCGUCACCGUGACCAUCACACUCACUCCCACCGCGACGGUGUUCGUGAGCACCGAGGUGCCCGUCACAACGACGCUGUCCCCUGACGAGGCCUCGAGUCUCCUGGCGAGCUUGACGGGCAUGGGUGCGUCUGUUGUUACAGAUGUUAGUGCCACUGACGCAGAGGUUGCAGAGUCCUCCUCUGCAGCUACGACGAUCUCUCUCGUUCCUGCCUUAGCUGCCACCUCAUCGUCAUAGAGACUUAUGGAUGUCACAGAUGUAUAGUAGUUGGUUUACUACGAGGGGUAUACUGUACUGUAUUAUAGGUUUAAUAGGAGAGGUAUUCAGACUGGACUAUACCCGGACCUCGCAUCCAAACCAACCAAUUAUUGCCGACUGGAAAACAACUCAGCGCAACGACAUGCAUGCCCCCCGAUAAGCAAGUGCACUAUCGAUGGAUCCGCGUAAACGUCCAGGAGGAACGUUCCACUUGAACACCACUCUUGCUCCUGCUCCGAUUUCUGGCGCGUUUACUCCUCCCCUCUGAGGAUCCAGAUGACGAGGCGCACUACCAAGCCCAAACAGUUCGUCCUGAUCCAUAGGGAAAAAAGCGUAAUGUCGGCCGCAAGAGUCGAUUCUAGAUGGGAGAGAAA